AACAGAACAACCACGACACACAGGACAACACAAAUGCCAAGAUACUGCACAGAGAGACAACGACUCCUUGACAGAAAACGUUAGAACUGAGGAUGCUGGAGAACGUCACAGGUGACGUGCAGAAUGACACCUUCUCCUGCCACCACCCCUCGGUGGAGGCCUACCGCUACUUCGGCGUGCUGUGGGGUUCGGUAGUUACUAUAGUUGGAACGGUGGGGAACAUGCUUACCAUUCUGGCCUUCGCCACGGACACCCGGCUGCGGACGCGUUUCAACGUGCUGAUAGUGAACCUGGCCCUGGCGGACCUGUUGUACUGUACCCUGCUGCAGCCCGUCUCUGUCGACUCCUACCUACACCUCCGCUGGAGGGGCGGACCUCUCUGGUGCAGCAUCUUUGGCCUCCUCCUCUUUCUCUCCAACUCUGUCUCUAUCAUCACCCUGUGUCUGAUCGCAGCCAGCCGUUACCUGCUGGUGACGAAGCGGGAUGUGUUUGAGCGGGUGUUUUCUGGUCGAGGCCUGGCUCUCCUCCUGCCCUCCACCUGGGCCCUGGGCCUGGCCAGCUUUGGCCCACUCUGGCCCGUUUAUGUAUUUGCCCCACAGGUGUGCACCUGCAGUUUCCACCGCACCAGGGGGCGCCCUUACACCACCGUGCUGCUAUUCUUUUACUUCUUUAUCGGCCUGGGCUGCGUGGGGAUUUUCUACCUGCUCAUUUACAGGCGAGUCAGGGUGGCGGCACUGGCACUGGUCCGCUACCGGUUUAGCCGACGCUCGUCACAAAAGAAGCCGAACUCAUCAGAACAAGGGACGGAGGGGGAUAGUGGAGUCGGGAGCGGGGUGGCCACCACCCAGAGCUGUGAAUUGAGCAGCCAGGCAGAACUAACCCAAUACAAGGGGGUAGAGGUGAAGGUGCACCCUGGGAAAGCCCAGUCCUCCCACUCCACCUGGGGCUCUGCUUUAACUUCGCAUUCAGCUCACCUAGCAGGGGCACAGGAGCUAACUCCUGCCCUCAACCCUGUGCCCCGCUCGGCCACUCCUGCCCCCAUCACUGCCCCCUCCUCUUCCACCACCUCUUCAGGGGACAAUGUUGAGUUUAGACGUGUGACCCGGAUGUGUUUCACUGUCUUCCUGUGUUUCGUGGGCUGUUUUGUCCCGUUCCUGCUGCUGAACAUUGCUGAUAAGCAGAACCGUGCACCACAGGUGCUCCACAUGUUCUGUGCCAACCUCACCUGGCUCAACAGUUGUAUUAACCCUGUGCUCUACGCUGUCAUGAACCGCCAGUUCGGACAGGCCUACCGGGCCCUUCUAGUCAGGGCCGCCACACCCUUCACACACCUCUGGACACGGUGACCUAUAGAUGUUGGUUGUUUAGUAGAUACAUAAGACAACCACACAUUGGUAAUUAUCACUCACUUUUCUCAGCCCACACUGGUAUGGAUUGAGCUACUUCCUCCUGUCUAACUUCCUCUCCUCCUUCCUGAAUAUUACAUGUACUGUCACCUAGCAAGGGAAAAUGUGCUUUUCUGUGAUUUUUGGAAAGGGCAAAUUUAUUUUGGGCUAAGAUUAUGCUCGGUUUUUUCCCAGUUACAAACACCAAUGUACAGUUACUGUUAAGCCUUUGUCCCCGUACAUGAAAUAGCUUUCAGAGCGGCCAUAUAAUGUGGUCAAAUCUCAUCAGGAAAUCUAUUUUAUUCCAGCAGGAAGCCAGAAGCCACCAACAGGGAGAUAGUUAUGCAAAGAACUAUAGCCUCCUUUACGUCUUGUGUUUAUUUAUUGUCUGUGCCAUUGUACUUUUGUCUGUUCAUUUACACUCCCCUACUGUACAUGUGUAUUUGGACAGUAAUGAUAAAUGUUUUUAAUCUGG